ACAGGAGCGCAACAACACGCCCUUAUCCCAAGCGGCCUCGGUGGAGCAAAUUAAAAAAAAAAAAGAGAGCGAAUUAAAAGGAAGCCAACAUAAUUAAACAACAAAUUGUACGCAAGUGCGAAAAAGAUACAGUAGAGACGUGCGAACGGCGCCAAGGAGCACGAGAUCCGUACACUAACGGCAACAGCGUUUGCGAGGAGCAAGACUGUGGCAUAUUUUAAAAGUUUUGUUCAGCCUGAAUCGUGAUAUUCACCCGGAGGCGUCAAGCGAAACAAAGGACACAAUCUCAGUACACAGCGAGGACGAAACCAACGUCAGCUCAUCCUCAACAGCACACAUAGAAGCUUAGUGCAUUCAAGAUGGUCCUACGAAGCAAGAACCUGGUCCGUUAUGUGUUCCAGAACCAGCACAAGCUCAUCCAGCAACUGCUAGUACAGGGAGGUCAGGUGCGAGCAUGCAGCGGACACGGUGGAACUCAGCAGCAAGCUCAGCUGCGUGUGGAGGAAGAUGACAACUUCCCGAAGAUCGCGGAGGUGCCACCACUUGCGGCUCCCUUCCCGAUGACCCUCGAGCAUGCGGCUGACGUAGGAGAGCAGUUCAAGUAUUCCGAUCUCAGCGUUCGUCUGGCAGCGCCGCAUCAGCUGAAUCCGAAGCCGGAUGUGGAUGAUCUAGCAUUUGGGAAAUACUUCACCGAUCAUAUGCUCAAAGUGCCAUACCACCGCCGACUAGGAGGCUGGCAGAAGCCGGAAAUCACGCCGAUGGAGAACCUAAACCUCCACCCUGCGGCGAAGGUGUUCCAUUACGCGAUCGAGCUGUUCGAGGGUAUGAAAGCGUACCGCGGAUAUGAUGGUAAGAUUCGCUUUUUCCGACCGGAAAUGAACAUGGCGCGUAUGAACGUCACCGCCUACCGGUCUGGCUUGCCUACCUUUGAGUGUGAGGAGCUGAUUAAGGCCAUGGCCCGUCUGGUCAUGAUCGAUUCGGAGUGGGUACCUCACACCGAAUCCGCCAGCCUGUACAUCCGCCCAACGUUAAUCGGCAUUGAGCCAACGCUCGGUGUCGCGUCGUCCGAUUCCGCCCUGCUCUACACCAUCCUUUCCCCGGUGGGUCCUUACUUCAAACCGGGCGCGAAGGGACUGAAGCUGUACGCCGAGCCAAAGUACACCCGUGCCUGGCCAGGUGGUGUCGGUGAUCGCAAAGUCGGCUCCAACUACGGGCCCACGAUCCACGUGCAGCAGGAAGCUCUGCGUAACGGUUGCCAUCAGGUGUUGUGGCUGUAUGGUGAUGAUCACCAGCUAACCGAGGUUGGCGUCAUGAAUAUCUUCAUGCUUUACAUGAAGGAGAACGGAGAACGCGAACUGGUGACACCUCCACUGAACGGUCUCAUCCUGCCCGGUAUCACGCGUGAUUCCAUCAUUCGCCUUUGCCACCAAUGGGGUGAAUUUUCGGUGCGUGAGAACAAGUUCACCAUGCCAGAAAUCAAGAAGCUGUCCAAAGAGGGACGGCUACUGGAGCUGUUCGGUGCCGGUACGGCGGCCGUUAUCAGCCCAAUCGAGCAUAUCUCCUACAUGGGCGAGGACAUCUUCGUACCUACCGAAACCCACGACAACCCACUGUACCGACGGCUGUACAACACGCUCACUGACAUCCAGUACGGCAAGGUGGAGCACCCGUGGGCCUAUGUCAUAGACUGA